CCCCUGGCCAGGGCAGGGCGAGGAGGAACCGGAACCGCCACAGCUCCAGCCCGGCCCAAGUCCGGCCGAGUCUGGCAGUGCUGGGACUGUUGCUGGGUUUCGGAGUAGCCCGGGGAAGCGGUCGGCCCAACAGCCGGGAGCGGGGUUGCCACCGCCAGCAAAACUGGGAGGGCCGCUGGGCUCCGCGCCGGCCUCCUCCAGAGCUGGCGGGUCUGAGCGCAGCCCGGGUGUGCCUUGGGCUGCGGGUGCCGGAACAGCCGAGGCAGCCGCCGGCGGGGGAGCCGGAGCGCGGAGGCUGCGUGACGGCGUUGAUGCGGCAGGAUGACAGUGAAACUGGGAGAGAGCAGCGGGGAGGAAGGGGUGAAAAAGCUGGGCAAGAGAGCAGGAGGAGAUGAGGAGUCCCUGGAAGAAGAAGGGGCAGGAGGAGGAGGAGAGGCAGCUCCAGGCAGCAGCAGCACAAAGAAAGAAGAGAAGAUCAUUAACAGCAACACUACCAGCAGCCCUCCACCGAACCCCAACUUGUCACAGGCCCCUGCCUCUCUCCAGCCCUCCCAGAGCCAGGACCAGCAUCAUUUUCUCAGAUCCAGCGUUAGACCUCAGAGCAAGAGACUGAAGAAGGAUUCUCAGGCAUCCUCCUCGGCUGGCAGCAGCACUACCGGGAAAGGCAAAGCAGCAGAUAAUGGAGGGACUGCACCUGGUGGCACGUCAGGAAUUACUCCCAGCAAUCCUGCUGGGAAUUCCAAGUCAGCGGCAAGGAACCUGGGCUCCUCCUCAGGAGAGAAGGAAGAAGGGAAGAAGGUCCGACGACAGUGGGAGUCAUGGAGCACAGAGGACAAGAAUACUUUCUUUGAGGGACUGUAUGAGCAUGGGAAGGACUUUGAAGCUAUCCAGAACAACAUUGCCCUGAAAUACAAGAAGAAAGGCAAACCAGCAAGCAUGGUGAAGAACAAGGAGCAGGUCCGGCACUUCUACUACCGCACCUGGCACAAGAUCUCCAAGUACAUUGACUUUGACAAUGUGUUUUCUCAAGGGCUGAAAAAAUCUUCCCUGGAGCUGUAUGGCUUAAUCUGCUAUGGGGAACUAAGGAAAAAGAUCGGGGGAUGUAUGGAUGACAAGAACGCAGCUAAACUCAAUGAGCUCAUUCAAGCCGGGGCUACAACUGUUCGUUACAAAGGCAGAAACCUGCGUAUCAAAGCUCCCAUGUGCAGGGCUUUGAAGAAACUCUGUGAUCCAGAUGGUGUGAGUGAUGAAGAGGACCAAAAGCCAGUACGACUGCCUCUCAAGGUCCCUGUGGAGUUGCAACCACGGAAUAACCAUGCAUGGGCUCGAGUACAGAGUCUUGCCCAGAACCCACGGCUUAGGAUGAUUGUGGAGUUACAUCGGAAGGUCUCCAGCCUCCUUGAAUUCCUGAAGCAGAAGUGGGCUCUCCAUGAAGUGCGGGUUCGUAAAACACUUGAAGAACAGCAACUUCUAGACUCCAGAGACUCAGAAACAAGGGGCAGCUUCUCAGAGGAGAAAGUGAUGCUCCAUCUCUUUCCAGGGGAGAACUGUACCCUCACUCCACUGCCUGGGGUAGCCAGAGUGGUCCACUCCAAGGCCUUCUGUACUGUGCAUUGGCAGGAAACAGGCAAAUGUAAACAGAACACAAAAGACUCUCACUUACUCCCCCCUGCCCAAAUCCUUGGCAUACAGAGUGGGCAGGGGACAGCAAGGGGACAGCUGAAAUACCUGCGGGGAAUGGAAGGUAAGGGUGUGGGAAGGGCAGAGAGCACUACAGAGCCCAGCAGAACCUUACAGCCUACAGCUGAAGUUUCUGCAAGCACUGAAGAUGGUGCCCCAGAGCCUGUCCUCGUGGAAGGAACAGCCUUAAAUCUUGGCAUCACUAAUUCCCUCCAGAAACCACCUUCUGGACUUCAGGAUCCAGGAGGGCACCAGGAAAAGCUGAGCUCAGUGGCCCCCUGUGUGGAGGCCGGAGAGCCUCUGGCUAGUGACCAGGCUGCUCUGCUACCCUCGUACAGUACAGCGUGUGCUUGCAGCAAGAUCCCUGAUGUGGAGGAGCUCUCUCUGCUCGAUCCAUUCCCACGGUACCUGAAGUCCUGCCAGGACCUAAUUGUCCCAGAGAAAUACUCUUGCACAGACAAACUGCAUGGGAAGGACUCUGCUUCAGUACCUGGUAAUGCUUCUCCAGUGGCUUUUCCAAGCAGGAGGAGUGCAGAGACCUCUGAUUCCUGUUCCCAGCUACUGAGAGGUGGUGUGGCUUCCCCUGGCAGCAGCAGAUGUGAAACUCAGGCCGGCCACAGCCAAGGCCAGCAGCUCGAUGCCAAGGAUAGCACAGAUGCAGUAAUGGAGGAUUCUCAAGAAAAGCUGGGCUCCUUGUUUCCACCUCCACCUCAGGGACAAUCCAGUACAAAGUCUCUCAAGGAUGACCCAAGUCGGCUCUUCCAACAAGUUAGAGAAGAAGGAUGGAGUCUGCGAACCUCUGAGAGCCUUACGCUGGCUGAAGUCUACCUCAUGAUGGGCAAACCGAACAAGCUGCAGCUGGAAUACGACUGGUUGACUGUGUUGGAGCCAGAAACCCAGGAUGCUAGGGAGCAAACAUCUGAGUCAAGUGCUGUCCCUGCAUGUCCUACCUUUCACAAGCAGAGACUCUUGAAUUGCCUUCUGAAACUCAUCUCUACUGAAGUUAAUCCCAAACCAACACCUGAGAUGAGCUCCAUUGCCACGUCACCUAUAAAGCCUGCUCAGGAGGACCAGUCCCUGACUCCUCCAGGAAAGGUUAUUGCCAUCAACACCAGGAGUCCAGGCUGCACACGGAAUCAGUCUGCCCUUCGCAGCAAGACUUUAUCUCCUGGUGCUGCUUCCAGCUCCUCAGGUUUGAGAAACCUUCCUAGACCUCUCUUGGUGGCUAGUCCUUCAAGUUCUGGGAGCACUGAGGCUGACAGUGGACUGUUUGCAGUCCCUACAACACUGCCCCCCAACAGCCGCCACGGGAAGUUGUUCCUACCCAGCAAGGAAGCAGAGCUGACCUUCCGGCAGCACCUGGACACCAUCAGUAUGCAGUCAGACUUCUUCCUGCCGAAGCCCAGGAAGUUACGGAACAGGCACUUGCGGAAGCCACUAGUAGUACAGAGAACACUGCUCCCCAGGCCGUCUGGAAAUCCGUCCCAGCAUGUCUGUUCCUUUUCUAUCUUAUCCAACUCAUCCAUUACAGGGAGAGGUUCAUUUCGGCCAAUCCAGUCCUCACUGACUAAAGCUGCUGUUUCUCGUCCAAUUGUGCCCAAAGGUCUUCCAACACAGGCCACCAACCAUCUGUCUAGUGCUAUUGACUUGGCAGCUAAAAGUGCUGGCAUUAUCCCUGGUAGUCCCAUGCCUGUCCUGGAUGCAGAUGGUUUGCCAGGUGUGUCUCCAUUGUCACCGGAUGCAGUGUCCACGGUGGUGACAGGGCAGGAGCCAGCAGUAGCACAUCAGAACAGAGGCUCCAUCACCACUGUGGAGGGCUCAGACCCAGGAUGCCGGGUGCCGUACAUCAGCCUGCCGACCCAGCCCGAGCAGGAUGGCUUCCAGGGUACACCAGUACUUUCUCUGCCAGAAUUGGCCAAGACUUCUCUCCAGAAUGGUCUGUCCACAUGUCCACUUCCCUCAUCAGAAGCUUCCAGUACUCGGCUCUCUCCUCCCAAUGUUUCUGCUCUCUUGGAUAUUUCCCUGCCUGGACCACCUGAAGAUGUGCUUUCCCAAGGGGAACCUGCCACUCAGAUCAGUGAUUCCAUCAUUGAAAUAGCCAUCAGCUCUGGCCAAUACAGUGAAGGUGUUUCUCUCUCUCCUGCAAAGCUGAAUGGCAGUGACAGUUCUAAAAGUCUUCCAUCCCCAUCCAGUAGUCCUCAGCAGAACUGGAUUGCGUCUCCAACCCAUGAUCCCCAGUGGUACCCCAAUGACUCCACAGACUCCUCCCUCAGCAGUUUGUUCUCAAGUUUCAUCUCCCCAGAGAAGGGACGAAAAAUGUUAUCAACUCCAGUUGGAAACACCAGUGGCACCUCCUUACUGGGACCCAGCCUGCUGGAUGGAAACUCACGGGACUCCUUUGUGUCACGGUCCCUGGCAGAUGUGGCAGAGGUGGUGGAUUCCCAGCUGGCUUGCAUGAUGAAUGAGAACAGCAUAGAUUACAUAUCUCGGUUUAAUGACCUUGCCCAGGAGCUGUCGAUACCUGAGCCAACUCGCAGGGAGAUCCUGUUUGAUGGAGGAGGCAGUGGUCCCCCAGUUGGGGAUCUCUCGCAGUAAGGGAAUGACCAGCAGGCUGGUGCAGACUGUUCAGCUAAGUUGGAGCUUGCAGUGCUGGAACUUGACAAGGGCAGCAGCUGAGGCUGAGUUAUCCCUGUCCUGUGUACUUCUUUCUAACACAGAAGCAUUGGUUUCAAAGGUCUCAAGAAGUACUUGCAAGUCCUGGAAUGUGCAAUAUGCUGGCAACAACAGAACAUGGAAUAACAUUACAGGGAAUAGUGUGUCCCUGCAUCAGCAAUGUAAGAUUACAGGUUUGUGGGACAGUCCUGGACUUGUACUUUGGAAUGGCCUAAGCAAGCAGCUCAUGUAGGGAUGGAAUUGGCACAAGCUCCUGUGUAUGAAUUAUUGUUUGCAUAGUAAUCAAAAUGCCAUGCUUUUGGAUCCAUGUGAAAAUUAUGGAGGAGGAAGGGUAGGGAUGGGUAGGGGAACCAUUGUGUAUCUUGACAUGUCCUAGUUGGCAGUCUUCUUACCAUUCAGUCAAACUGAAAUUCUUGCACACUCUCCAGGGCACCACCACUCCUUGAUGCUGUGUUCUUACAGACCACUUUGUUCCUUUGGCUCUUCGACCAUUCCAGCAGGGCUCACACCUGCUUGCUUGUUUGGUAGGGGAGCUCUGAUCCGCCCUGCUCCCAUGCUGCUCCCCUACUUUUAAACCCCAUCACAUCACAAUCAUCAUCACCCUGACCACACUCAUAUUCUUAUCCUUUAAGAUUCUUCAGCACAUUGCACAGUUCACCCUGUGAGUGGGAGAGUGCUUUAUUGCUCUCCCUGAAGAACAGUUGCUUUUUAGGUCUGGAAACAUGGCAAAAGAGCUUACAUUAGGAAAGCUGUGUGAUAAUUAGUCUUGGUUUUGCUGGAAACAUGUAAAUAUUGUCAUCUUCACAAAAACUGAGGAUUUCCCUGGGAGAGGAAAUAGUAAAGAAUAUUGUAAUGUGUAGGAACAAAUACUAGGUUAACACUAAAGCAGUUGAGAUCAGUUUUGUGUCAUGAAGAGAAGUGUCAAGUCCUAGCUUAAUCCUUUAGUCCUUCCCUACUUCCCCUUUGUUCUGUGAACUCUGGGUGCUCUGUAGUACCUCAGCAUCAUUCUUCAUUACAGUCACUCCCAGGCAUGAAUGGGUCUGGCACUCCCUCUGAAAUCCCUGUGCAUUUAAUGUUGUGUUUUACUUUAGGAAAAACCCAGAUCCUGAUUCCAGUGGGUUCAACAGGAUAGCAAGUUAAUUUCUGGUGAGCUGGUUGUCCAUCAAUUCUAGCUUUAUAACUCAGGAGAUUUUUCCUAUUCCCUCUUCUUUCCUUUCCUGUCCUGCCCUGAGCAAGAAUACCCAUGUUGUGCCCCUUUUGUAAGCACUUGCCUGCUUCUCCAGUUAGAGGAUGUCCCUUGGCUGGCGUGAGUAGCUCUGAACUUUUCCAUGGGGCUGUUCCUAUAUAAACCUCAACUUUGUAUUAAUAAUAAAUAAGCAAAGCUUCUCCAUCCCUUAGGAUAUUAUGAUGGGUUCAUUUCUGAACUUGCACUAUACUUGGUGGAUGUAGUUCUGCCUGUCUUUAGCUACUUGCACAAGGCAUUUCUUCGACUGGGAGUCUCUUGUAACUUGUUCACAAUGCACUGACUCUGCUGUUUGCCCAGUCCCUUCACCCUGCUUUAGGCAGAUGAUGUUUAGCUUUUAUGGAGUUGGCCUUGUGUUUUCUGCAUUAGAAGAAAACUGAGCAAGUUUUCUGAUGCACACAGAGCCUUGUUUGAGAAUUCUGACAGAAUUGUCAGGAAAUCACAUAAAUCUGGAAUAGGAAAAGUUGAAGGUUGUCACAGAAAUAAAUGCUGGGGCCUGUUUUGUUCUGAGCAUUCCCCCUUUGUAUGGAGAGGACACUUGUUAAUCUCAAGAGUCAUGCCCACUGAAACUUUUCAGUUUUAUUAAGAAUUUGGCUGUGUUUUGGUUUGGACUUUCCCAGAUUGUUCCUUCCUGGUUUUGGGUUCCUCCAUUACUAAUGCUGAUUAUUCUAUAUGCUAUGUCUCCAGAAAUCCUUCAGAUUUGCAGGACAAAAGUAGAAGGCACCUACUAUGGCUGUGGAUUACAGAACAUGCAGGAGGAAAUGUGUUACAUUCUAAUCAAGUACUGUCUAAAAAGAAAUCUGAACUUUCAAACUUCUAAAUAUGCAAGAGUAACAUGAGGGUCUCCAGUGUAAAUGUAACUUGGCAAACUUUUCAUCUUCCGUAUUGCUGGUAAUGCAGUGGAUAUGACACUGGGUUUGGCUCUGAAGCUGACUAGAAUAAAGGCCAGUAUUGCUACACCUGCCACAGGAGUGGAGAGCAGAGCAUUUCAUCCUGAUCCAUGAAGGCUUUUUGCCUGCAAUACAAGGAGCUGUCAGCUGCCCUGCCUCAGCCCACCCAGAGUGAAGGACACAAUUGCAGAAUGAAGGCAGCACAAGUGGUUAUUUUUGAUGAUGCCAUGACAUCAGAAAACUUCUAAUACCCUGAACCUUUGCAAGUGGGCUUGACCCUCUCAGUAAUAAUAGAGUAUAAAUUACAGAAAUCAGUUCAGCACUCAGAAUGUUGAGGUUAGAAAUGUUUUCAGCAUCAGCGCCUUAAAAGUUGUCAUUAUGAAGCAGAAUUCAAUUUCAGAAAUGUAAUGCAUUGCAAACCGCUUUUUAAGAAUAAAGGCCUUUGAGGACAAGGGAAGAGCUUAAGAGUAAUUAAGAUCAUUGUGGUAGUUCUGAAUUGAUGCAGUAUUUGUUACCCUUUCUAUGUGAAAGGCCAUUUAAACACAUCUCUGAUUGGACCAGCUCUAGAUUCUAGGUGAAUGCUUCACAGUAGUAGUCAUCAUCAGCUUGUGCCUGAGACUGCUAAGGACACACACACACAUGUACACACACAUAUACGUGCACAGAUGUGGGGGGUGGUGGAGGUAAUACUCAAAACUUCUUCAAUUUUUAUUAUUUCAGCUUCCCCAGCAGCAGGAACAAAAUCUAUAUGAAGGACAAUGUCAGGCUAAGCAGACAUCCAAGCAAGUGGCACUGAAAUGCACACAAUAUAAUUUCUGAGGUAGAAAUUACUUCAUUGCGUUAGUACCUUCCUGGGACACUCUGAGGUGUUGGAUUAAUGGAUACUAAUAGCCUCUAGGUCUAGGAUUAACUGUUCUAGGCUUUUCCCUCUCAGUGACAAUAAGGCAGCUCUGAGUAGUUGACAAGGUAAAUGCAGAAGAUUCAGUGUCUCAUCACCAUGGGCUGAGUGCAGAGCAGUACCAUAGCCCAAGGUUGGAUUCACCCAAGUGUGUAUGCACACACUGACAGAGAUCUCUGUAGGGUGUUGCAUCCUGAUCAUUCACACAAUCCAUUUUGUCCUGCAUCACUAAAUCUACUAAGCAUAGGAAUAGUAACCUUUUCAUACAGCAUUGUUAAGCCUUUUUUUGACGCCCCCUAUAUUUCUAAAUUGAAUUAAAUGGCUUGAUUCAAAUCUAACCUAGAAAGACAUCUCAUUUACUGACAGCAGAUGCCAGAGUGGAAAUUCAGUUGCAUUUUGUUUUCUACACUUAGACUUCAGAUGCAUUUAUAAGGAAAGUACUGCACUUUUUUUUAACCUUUUCAAACCUUUGAAUCUGUUAAUUUCACAGCAAUUUGUAAAUGUUAACUAAGUGAAACCUUGCCAAGCACUACAGCAGUAAGUUAUCAUUAAUUAUUGAAACAUGAUAACUGCUUUAGAGCUUAUGGUUCUGGCAGCAAAAUUUAAUGCUGUUUCUUUUAAUAAUAGUUAAGCCAUAUCAUCUAAGGUUUCUGGCUUGUUUGAGAUGUGAAUUUGUUUUAUAGAUUAUAAAUAUACCUAUAUAGUGUAUGUACAAAGCAAAAUGCCUGUCCUUACUGAUUAUUUUUUGUACCAUACUGUAAAUUAUAUUAUUUAUUCUUUACCAAUUUUGGAAAAAGGUGUUUUGGUUAUUUAAUAUAAUAUACAAAAGCUGUUAAACUUCUUCUGUUUAAAUUUCCAAUUCAACUUGUAAAGCUGUUUUUAUUAUUGUGCAUAAAUACAUACUAAUACUUGGUCUAA